AUGUCUUCGCACCAGUUUCAUGGAUCAAUGUUGCAAGAGGCUUACACGUCUGGAAUGAAUGAUAGGACUAAUCAUUACCGAAGGAUUCUUAACAUGUACAUGAGGUUUCAUGAAGCCGUUGUUGCGAAGCAUAAUGCUGAGGUGGAAGUGUAUCGCAUUUCCGGUAAACUUGAACUCUUUGAUGAGAUCUUCAGCGAUGGCGUUAUGAACCAUGUUAAGGACAAGCUGGAAAAGGAACUUGCUCUUGCUCAUGCCCGUCUUGCUGAUGUGAAGGUUCCCAAUCUCGAUUGGGAAAAGCUAGGAGAGCCACAAUGUGGCGUUAAGUUAUCUCUAUCCUCAUCUCUUAUGUUUGAAGAUUCUCAUGACGUCGUUUGUCUCUUUAAUGGGCCAAUGAACGAGUGA